AUUUCUCAGCUUGUUUCACUAUCGUAUGUUAUGCUCAGGCAUGAGCGACGAAGUUUAUAUUGCUUCUUUCGUAGCGCUUUUAUCGCCAAAGGACAUAAAUGUUCUGUAGUGUACACACGCUUAAAAGACAAAUUUCGCACGCACAUUAAGAGAAAUGAUGAACGUUAUUGCAUGUUUGUUUGCAAUCCUAUUUUUGCUUCAAAACAGCAACGUGGUGGUAGGUGACGCUGUUGAACACUUGUUCGAGGAAAUUAGCCAAAUUUUCUCACCUCUUGCUACUUCAGGCGGAGCAGGCAGUGGUAAUGGGCAGCCACCAGCUAAACGUCCUAAAAUCAUUCGACAAUAUGCUGUUUUUUAUUUGUCAGAUACCCCUAUCCUUACGCUCGAUCCGCCUCCAACAGCAUUUCCAGCAGAUAAAAUAAUUGACGGCAAUAACUAUUUGGCAGCUAUUAUUGGUGGACCCACAGGUGUUCACACAGAAGCAAUGUUACUGCCGAAAUUAGAGAGCAAGAUAGACAACUUUAAAAAAGAAAAUAGCAAGAAUCCAAAUUGGUACCUGUUUUCUUACAAUGCUCCAUGUUGUAAAAAGAAUCCUUCUGUAAAAAAUCAAUGUGGUGGGGGGUCUUGUUCAGAACUAAUUAACAACUACGUCAACACACAUGGAGCAAAACUAGACAAGAUUUAUAUUGCAUGGGACAAGUUUCUUGGACAAGGUAUGCAACCAUUUUCGAGACAGUAUCUGUAUAUUUUAAAUACCUUGUUACAGCAGAAUACCGCUAGAGAGGAGAAAGUUAAACUUGUCAUUCGUCCAAAAGGAUUUGCAGACAAACAGGCGCCAAGAUCAUCUUUUUUACAGAAUGAAGUUAUCAAUUGUUUAAAAAGGGAAGCAAAGAAAGAAUACUUUACGGAUACGUCAAAGUUUGAUGAGAACAUCAUAAAAAUUGUUAAUAAAUUGACUUGGCACUGUGGAACAACAGAAUUAAGAAAAGGUUCAUCCAACCUGUACGAGCCUGAAUGUUGGAGUUCUAAAAUCACAGAAUGUCCCAAAAUGGCUGACGCUGUCAAAGAAUGCGCACCGAUAAAGUCACAAAGAAUAUGGUUAGGUCCCGCCAUCGAUCCUAUUACUGAAAGGGGAAGUAAUAACCCUAAUGAUGUUACAGGGACUUCCCCUGUGUCUCUUUUUCGCCAGGAAACAUGUAAGAGAAUGAAUUGACAGGCAGGUUGAUAUUAGUGAAUUGAAUGUGUCAUUAAUUUUCCCAAAGGACAAAAAAAAAAGAACAAAAGAAACACAAAAUAAAUCAAUAAAAAUUAUGGGCUGAUUUUUUAGUUCUCAAGAAUUUUUUAAAGAUAUUAAUAUUAACAUUCUAGUUUAACCGAACCAAGCAUAGUUAAAACUACUAUAAAUUUAUAGAUUAGAAAUGAGAAGAAGCUUUCUUUUAAAUGUUAUAACACUUAUAUCAAAGACCGAACAAGAUUACUUAUUUAUGUUUAACAAACAGGAAGGAUUUAACUCUAUUCGUGCUGUAUUAAACUUUUUUAAUAACUUUUUUAUGUGUAUAUAGUUAAGCCUCCUAACUUUUAUUAAGCUUUAUUUUAAAAAAAAUUCUUUUGGAAUUAUGUCGAAGUUUUACCAUGGCAACACAAUUUUUAUGUUGUGUAAAAUUCUGAAAAAAUAUUUUUACUGAAAAAUAUUUUCACAUGUUUUUAAUAGCUUUAUGUGACUUCUUUCUUUGUAUUGUUAUAUUAUUUUGUGUUUCUAUUAUUAUUGUUACUAAGUUAAUCGCAAUUAUACAACAAUUACUGAUUU